AUGAUAAUUUUGGCGCAAGCUGCUCUCAGCAUUGCUGAUGACGUUUUCCUGGACGAACAUUGUAAAGGGAAGCCCGAUGGUAACUAUGACCUCGCGUGCAAGGCUUUCAUCGUGUGUACCGGGGGCAAAGCCCAUCAGGUGUACUGCAUCAAUGGACAAGUUUACAACCACAACACGGGCAAAUGUGACGAAACAUGGGCAAAUGAGACGAGUAAGUUUUGCGUGGCAACCAAAACACGGGCAAAUGUGACGGUCAAUAACUCAAACAAUGAUUACAGCGCUAUAAACUCCCCGCCGCCGUGUGGAAUACAGAGAGACUGCCAUGCGCUUCACGAUGGACGAUACGCCGAUACCCUUCGGCUUCCCAAGUGCAAAUAUUACUACACCUGUCAUGGCGGACAGUUCCUGGGCCACAAUGAGUGUCCGGGAGCACUGGUCUUCAACGAGACACUCGGUAUCUGUGACUGGGAAAACGAUGUUUUUCCUCCUUGUGGAUCACGACAGUAACGGCUGGUCCAGCAGCCGAGGGCAGUGGAGUAGAUGUACAUGUAGGCCUGCAUGUAAAAUAAGUAAUAAAGAGAAGUAAC